AGUAUGUUGUGAGGCAUCUCCGGAAACGGUUUUCGAAGCAGAUGUCUCUUUGAUCCAACAAAAUUUCACAAUUAUAUAAAAAAUUGGCAUGCACGAUAACAGUGUGAAAUGUUGAUUUGCUGAAAAAUUAAUAUCGAGUGGUUAGGGUUUAAUUCUCAUUCAUGAAUUAGCCUUUUUAAAAUAUUUUUGUGUGAUUGUGUUUGUUUAUAUACGAAAUAACUGUCCAAAGUAUCUGCGGGAAAAUCUUUUCUCGUCACCGUGGCUGGUGAGUCCGUGUCCUUCGGUAGAUCAUUAAAAACUUUCCGACAUAUGUCCUGGGAUGGCAAUGAGCACUUACUCUCAAGGAAAAGGGCGUUUGUACCCGGCGUAUAGUCUGAGUGGUUCAGAAGGUGAAGACUCACCUCGUAGAUACAAUUCCUCACACAAUACUUACCAACAUCCUCUUUAUCAACAACCAGCUGGUUUGAGUGACACUCCUACGUCAGAGAACGCUUCGGACGCAACCUUGACUGAUUCAGAGUUGGCGUUAGCGAGGGAUUCAACUCUUCUCGUUCAUAACGGUUGUCUGUUAGACGGAGUGCCUCGUCCCCCUGAUGUACCUCCCAGAAACCCCACAAUGAACCGUUUAAACGGGAGGUUAACAACAGCACCUCCAGCAGAAUCUGCACAAGAUUUCGAACCGUCUUGUCUAGUGAGGACACCAUCAGGAAAUGUGUACAUACCAAGUGGAACAAUUAAUCACGCCAACAAAAAUCCGAAUAUAGAUUACAAGUCUUCGAAUUCACCGUGUUGCAGUCCUUCCAAAGAAAUGAAAAAUUCCGAUAGGUGCGGGAGUUUGCCCUACGGAUCACACGCGGUCCCUAUAGUGCCCGUCCGAAGGCCCAACUCGAGUCAUUUUCCUCAAGCUAGUCGAUUCCAUUUUAGGAAAGGACUGACGUCGAAGUGUACGUGGAAGUGUACGGCAAUAGCUUUUAUAAUGCUCUCUGUCGUCUUAACGGCGGCUCUUUCAUAUAUUUCAGCCUCUAAUUUAUUAAACCUGUCAUAUCAAAAUACGAAACCUUGCGAAGUACUCGUAGGGGAUAAUACACAAAUAGUACCCGAUUCGAAAACGGUACCACCUUCCGAAACGAAUUUAUCGAUAUCGACACGACCUAAGACUUCUAACACGGGAGGUAAUUUCUAUCAAAGUGUAUAUGCAAGAAAACGUAGACAGAUUUUAAUAUCACCGCAUGCUUUUGUGUUACCAGUUGACAGCACAACUUCUAGUAGUAUUAGUUCUAGGAGUACUAGUGUGCAUGCCAAUAGUGUUACUUCAAUGCAUGAUAUAAAUAAUUCAGAUUUCACCACAGCGUUAGAUAGUACCACCGAAGAAAUAUCUACUACAGAUAGUACUACAGAUUCGACUCCUACAAGUACGUCUACUUUCAUGGACAUCACAUUUUCGACGACACAAGAAAUUUUUACAGAUUUAGAAGAAACCGUUCCGUCUUCAGAGGAAACUGAAAGUACCGAUGAACCUUCAAUUGAGCAGAUAUCUAGUGCUGAAACUGCAACUAAAACUACUACAAGAAAAACAUUAAGAUACGCUACUGAAGAAAAUCUUUAUUAUGAUCUGCUAGAAAGUUCCGAAGACGAUCUGUCUGAUUCUUCGCUUUUCAAAUUGGAUAAAGAAGAAUACAACGACUUUUUUAAAGAUGAACCACAAGAUAGUAUAGAAAUUGUGAAUAUGGAUAAUAAAUUAUUGUCAACAACUCAAAAAGCCAAAGUAGGGUAUAACAAGAAUAUCAAAAAAAUAGAAGACAAUUCCAAAGAAUUAACAGAUGCUAAUUUAUCUAUUUUACCUAUGGGAGAAAAUAAAGAUUUGAAGCAGAUCCGCAUCAAUGGACCGACUGUAUUAUACAAUAACGCUACUAACAAUGAAGUUUUUAGUGAUUUUAAAUCUAACCCCAAACCUUCUCCUAACUUUAAAGUUGUAGACUUUCCUGCCAGCAUGUCCUCUUCCAAAAGAGUUCUUGUAAACGUAACUAUAGCUACAGACGAUACUAACAAUGGGCAAUCUGUAUAUGUGCUUUCGGUGUCAGUACCUACGGAUGGUAAAUCCCAACCUGGAGUUGAAAUUGACACGAAAGAUAAUCAUCACAAGGAAACAGUUAAGUUAUCAGAUAAGACAACUGCCCCGCCGCUAGAUUUUGAAAAAGAAGUGGGUGGCGCUUGCGAAUGUUCAUGUCCUUCAUUAGAAUCUAACGAAUUUUCAGACAAUUCGACAGCAGACUAUGAUUACGAUAACAUCGUCAUCGAACAUCACAACUUAACUACUACUGAAUUGUAUGGUAAUAGCACGGAGAGAAAUCCUACGACCGAUAUAGAAUCGACUUCCGAAAAUUGGUCAACCGUUUGUCCAGAAGUCACUACGAAAUUACCACCGCCACCUACUAUUCUUAUUUUGGAAGGUGCCCGCACGUUUCCAGCUAAGUCGUUUCCACCAGACGGAACUACAUUUUCUCAAAUAUCGCUAGGACAACGAUUAUCGAAAGAAAUUCCGGCGUAUAGUUAUUGGAACAUGCAAUUCUAUCAAUCUGAAGCGGCGUACGUACAAUUUGAUUACAGCAUUCCGAGGGGCGCAAGUAUAGGGGUAUAUGCCAGAAGAAACGCUCUACCUACUCAUACACAAUAUCACAUUUUGGAAGUACUUAGUGGGUUUAAGGCUAGAACGACAAGAGCAUCACAUCAGUCUAGUGUGAAAAAAGAAGUAACUCAUUACAUGGAACAAGGCCAUUGGUUUUUAUCAUUAUACAACGAUGAUGGGGAUCCUCAAGAAGUUACAUUUGUUGCUGUAGUAGCGGAUGAUAUGACCCACAACUGUCCGAACGGUUGUAGCGGAAAAGGAGAAUGUCUGAUGGGCCACUGUCAAUGCAAUCCUGGAUUUGGAGGAGAUGACUGCAGUGAAAGUGUAUGUCCUGUGCUAUGUAGUCAACGUGGCGAGUACAUCAAUGGAGAAUGUCAAUGUAACCCCGGAUGGAAAGGAAAAGAAUGUCAACUAAGGCAUGAUGAAUGCGAAGUGCCUGAUUGCAACGGUCACGGGCAUUGUGCUAACGGCAAAUGUAACUGCAUCAGGGGCUAUAAAGGAAAGUUCUGUGAGGAAGCUGACUGUCAACAUCCGACCUGUUCAUCGCACGGAUAUUGUGUAGAAGGAACUUGUAUUUGUAAGAAGGGUUGGAAAGGAAGCGAUUGCUCCCAAAUGGAUAAAGAUGCACUUCAAUGUCUUCCAGAUUGUUCUGGGCACGGAACAUUCGAUCUCGAUUCUCAAACUUGUACCUGUGAACCGAGAUGGUCUGGCGAUGACUGUUCAAGAGAACUUUGCGAUCUUGAUUGUGGUAGUCACGGUCAUUGCGUCAACGAAGCGUGCCAAUGUGACGCUGGUUGGUCUGGUGAAUUCUGCAAUAUGAAACAAUGUGAUCCAAGGUGUAAUGAUCACGGUCAAUGUAAAAACGGAACUUGUCUGUGUGUCACUGGUUGGAACGGAAAACACUGUACUAUUGAAGGAUGUCCGAAUAGUUGUUCCGGGCACGGUCAAUGUAGAUUCAGUAGCGAAAGUAGUUGGGAAUGCAGAUGUGAUAACGGAUGGGACGGUGUCGACUGUAAUCUUCUACUCGAACAAAAUUGUAAUGACGGAAGAGAUAACGACAAAGAUGGCCUAGUAGAUUGUGAAGAUCCAGAAUGCUGUUCGAACAAUGCUUGCAAAAACAGUCAACUUUGCGUUUCGUCGCCUAAACCUAUAGAUAUUUUACUGCGAAAGCAACCUCCAGCGAUAACAGCAUCUUUUUUUGAAAGGAUGAAGUUUUUAAUAGACGAAGGUAGCCUUCAGAACUACGCCCGAGCUGAAACAUUCAACGAAAGUAUGUUCUGGAACAACUUUAACACGAGUCGUUCUGCCGUCGUCAGAGGUCGAGUAACAACACAAGUUGGAACCGGAUUAAUGGGAGUCAGAGUUAGUACCAAUACUCCAUUGGAAGGUUUUACAUUAACAAGAGAUGAUGGAUGGUUUGAUCUACUAGUUAAUGGAGGUGGUGCGGUUACUCUACAAUUCGGAAGAUCGCCUUUCAGCCCUCAGAGUCGCAUAGUUUACGUUCCAUGGAAUGAAGUAGUCAUUAUAGAAAAUGUAAUUAUGGUAACUGGAGAUGAAAGGACAAUUAGUGUCAUACCACAACCUUGCAGCUCCCACGAUUAUGAUACGAUGAAACCUGUCGUUCUAGCGACAUGGAAACAUGGUUUUCAAGGAGCUUGUCCUGAUAAAAGCGCUAUAUUGGCCGAAUCUCAGGUUGUGCAAGAAAGUCUUCGUAUACCAGGAACAGGAUUGAAUCUUGUUUACCAAAGUUCUCGUGCUGCUGGAUACUUAUCGACAAUACAAUUACAACUUACACCAGAAAUUGUUCCUGCCGAUUUAAAAUUGAUUCAUUUAAGAAUUACAAUUGAAGGGAUUCUUUUUGAAAAAGUUUUCGAAGCAGAUCCAGUUAUAAAAUUCACGUAUGCUUGGAAUAGACUCAACGUAUACAGACAAAGAGUUUAUGGAGUAACUAACGCUAUCGUAAAAGUUGGUUACGAAUACAAUAAUUGCAAGGAUAUUAUUUGGGAUGUGCAAACUACGAAAUUAAGUGGUCACGAUAUGAGUAUAUCAGAAGUUGGUGGAUGGAAUUUAGACAUUCAUCAUCGUUAUAACUUCCACGAAGGAAUUUUACAAAAAGGAGAUGGUUCAAAUAUAUACUUAAAACACAAACCACGUGUCAUAUUGACGGCCAUGGGCGAUGGACAUCAAAGACCACUGGAAUGUACAGAUUGCGAAGGUCAGGCUUUCAAGCAGAGACUUCUUGCCCCAGUUGCUCUUGCUAGUGCUCCGGAUGGUUCUUUAUUUGUUGGAGAUUUCAAUCUAGUCAGAAAGAUUCAAACUGACGGAAUCGUACGAACUAUAGUCAGAUUAAACGCUACCAGAGUGUCUUACAGAUACCACAUGUCCUUAAGUCCAUUAGAUGGAACUUUGUACAUCUCCGAUCCUGAAUCUCAUCAAAUCAUUAAAGUUAGAAGUAAAGACGAUUAUUCCGAUCCAGACCGUAACUGGGAAACGGUGGUCGGAUCCGGAGAGCGAUGUCUUCCAGGCGAUGAAGCACAUUGUGGAGACGGUGCUUUAGCUAGAGAUGCCAAAUUAGCGUAUCCAAAAGGAGUCGCGGUAUCUAACGACAACGUUUUGUAUUUCGCCGAUGGAACGAACAUAAGAAUGGUUGACAGAGAUGGUAUUGUUACCACUGUUAUAGGAAACCACAUGCACAAAUCGCAUUGGAAACCGUUACCUUGUGAAGGAACUUUGAAUCUCGAAGAAGUACAUUUGAGAUGGCCUACAGAACUAGCAAUAAACCCUCUUGAUAAUACUCUACAUAUAAUAGAUGACCACAUGAUCUUACAGCUGACUUUAGAUGGAAGAGUGAAAGUCGUAGCGGGUAGACCUUUGCAUUGCGCUUCUCCUCUUACGGGCUACGAUAUCGAACUAGCCACGCAUGCCACAUUAGUUAUGCCGCAAAGUAUCGCCUUCAGUUCCUCAGGUGAUCUCUACGUUGCCGAAAGUGAUUCUCAACGGAUAAAUAGAGUUAGAGUGAUCGGUACAGAUGGGAAAAUAUCUCCGUACGCCGGUGCCGAAUCGAAAUGUAACUGCUUAGAAAGAGGCUGCGAUUGUUUCGAAGCUGAUCAUUUCCUAGCUUCUAACGCCAAAUUCAACACUAUAUCAUCAGUUACAGUUACGCCCGAUGGUCACGUCCACAUCGGCGAUCAAGCUAACUACAGAAUCAGAUCCGUCAUGGCAAGUAUUCCAGACGCUAGUGCAUCCAGAGAAUACGAAAUUUAUUCUCCGGAAACUCAAGAAAUUUAUAUAUUCAAUAGGUUCGGUCAACACGUAGCUACAAAGAACAUUUUAACUGGAGAAUCGAGUUACGUAUUCACUUACAACGUUAACACCAGCAACGGUAAACUUAGUACGGUAACUGAUGCCGCCGGAAAUAAAGUGUUUUUAUUAAGAGAUUAUUCCAGUCAAGUGAAUUCUAUAGAAAAUACGAAAGGUCAAAAAUGCAGAUUAAGAAUGUCCAGAAUGAGGAUGUUGUAUGAACUUAGUACACCAGAUAAUUACAACGUGACUUUCGAUUACCACAGCCCUACUGGUUUAUUGAAAACUAAGCUAGAUAGCAGUGGAAGAAGCUAUGUGUACAAUUACGAUGAAUUCGGUAGAUUGGUAUCAGCAGUUACACCGACAGGAAAAAUUAUCAGCUUAUCUUUCGAUUUGAGCUUGAAAGGUGCCACUGUUAAAGUCAGUCAAAACAAUCGACCGCCAGUUUCGAUGUUAAUAAAAGGAUCUAGUGUAGCAACUAGAAUAGAUGAAGUCGAAAAUAGAAUUAUUUUGUUGCCUGAUGGUAGUGUAACUAGCGAAUCGUCUUGGUCCCAUAGUAUAACAACAGAUACAGUUCCUUAUAAUAUUCUAGCAGAUAAAGAUCCUAUAUUAGGUGAAAGCUACCCUGUACCUGCUAAACAGAGAAUAGAAAUAGGUGGAGAUCUAGCUAAUAGAUUUGAAUGGAGAUAUUUUGUAAGACCUAAUCAAAAUUCCAAAAAUAAUAAGAACGCAUCACCGAGAAUUUUAACUAAAGUCGGUAAAAAAUUAAGAGUAAACGGUGAAAAUCUCCUUACAAUGGAAUACGAUCGAGAAACUGCUUCUGUAUCGGUAUUUAUGGAUGAUAAAAUUGAAUUACUGAAUGUAACAUAUGAUAGAUCGGCGAGACCUGUUAAAUUAGGACCAAGAAAUGGAAUAUUUACAGAAGUUGAGCUAGAAUACGACAGAUUCAGUAGACUAACAAGCUGGAAAUGGGGAGACCUGAGUGAAAACUAUGGUUUCGAUAGAGCUGGAAGAUUGAAUGAAAUAAAAUAUGGUGAUGGAUCAUCGUUGGUUUAUGCGUUCAAGGAUAUGUUCAGUAGUUUGCCGCUCAAAGUAAGUACACCGAGAGGAUCAGAUUACUUGCUCCAAUACGAUGAUUCCGGAGCACUGCAAUCCCUAACAACCCCAAGAGGACACAUUCACACGUUUUCUCUACAAACAUCUCUCGGAUUUUUCAAAUAUCAAUAUUUCUCACCGAUGAACCGACACCCAUACGAAAUAAUUUACAACGAUAACGGUCAAAUAUUAGCUAAAAUAUUCCCACAUCAAUCUGGAAGAGUUUCUUACGUAUAUGAUGACGCAGAAAGACUCGAAACUACUUUAGCCGGAAUGAGCUCUACCCAUUACGUCUAUCAUGAACUUUUAGAUCUUGUAAAAAGUGUUGAGAUCAUAGAACCGAACUUCGAAUUGAAACAAGAAUUCAAAUACCACGCUGGUAUACUUAAAGAUGAAAAAAUCAAAUUUAACAGUAAAAGUGGUUUAGAUAAUGCUCACUAUAAAUAUCAGUAUGAUGGAAACGCGAGAUUAUCAACAGUAGAUGUAGACAUAAACGGUAAGGAACUGCCCCAGUUGAGACUAAAAUAUAAUCAAAAUCUUGGAAUAUUGGAGGGUAUAAGCGAUUUACGGGUGUACAGAAACACGUUCAACAGAUCUGUUAUGCAAGAUACCACAAAACAAUUCUUUACUAUAACCGAUUUCGAUGAUCGUGGACGUAUUAAAACUAUUCUAAUAAACAUAAAAUCCUUUGACGUAUUUAGAUUAGAAGUAGAGUACGAUUCCAGAAAUAGAAUACAGAUGCAAAAGUUAAUGGUCGGUAGAUCGCAAUUUAUGGAUAGAUUUUCUUACAACUCCGACGGUCAUGUCCUGGAAGUUAUAGGUACUAGUAAUUGGAAGUACGUUUACGACGAAAACGGUAAUAUAAUCGGAGUUAUUAAAGAAAAAGAAAAGAUUUCAUUAGGAUACGACAGCGGUGAUAGAGUCGUUCAAUAUGGAGACGUAGAAUUCUACAGUUACGAUUCGCGUGGUUUCGUAGUCAGAAGAGGGGAACAAAAAUAUAGAUACAAUUCCAAAGGACAACUGAUUCAUGUAUUCGAACGCGAUAAAUUUCAAAUUUGGUACUAUUACGACGAUAGAGGUAGAUUAGUAUCUUGGAACGAUGACAAAGGGAACGUAACGCAAUACUUAUACACGAACCCAAGCACCCCAGAUUUACUAACUCACGUACAUUUCCCCAAAACCGGCAGAACUUUCCGUUUCUUGUACGAUUCCCGAAACGUCAUUAUAACAGUCGAAACUUCUGAACAAAGAUUCUACGUUGCUUGCGAUCAAAACGGUUCUCCAAUCGCUCUGUUCGACAUUAACGGCAAUCUCAUAAAGGAGGUCAGAAGAACGCCGUUCGGUAAUAUCGUUUUAGAUACAAACCCAGAUUUUUACCUACCGGUAGAUUUCCACGGUGGUAUUCUAGAUCCCAACACGAAACUUAUAUUCGUCAACAAAAGAUUAUACGAUCCGAUCGUCGGACAGUGGAUGACGCCAGACUGGGAAAGACUAGCGACGAAAUUAUCGAUACCAACUGAUGUGUUCAUUUAUAGAUUCCACAAUAACGAUCCCAUCAACUCCAAGAUGUCAUUGGAUUAUAUGACAAGUUUCAACAGUUGGUUGAAACUAUAUGGAUAUGAUAUUGAAAAUAUGCUUGGUUCACGGUAUAUCAGUCGUCUGAUUUAUCGACCAAAGGCGCUAGUGACUGCUCCUCAACUAGCACCAGAUUUUGGAAUUAUGUCUGGACUUCAGUGUAUAGUGGACAAGAUUAAUGAAAAAUUCAUGGAUCUGAGUUUCGUUCCGAAACCGCUUCUGAAAAUGGAACCCAAAACGAAGAAUCUUCUUCCCAGAGUAGCUUAUAGAAGAUCCGUCUUCGGCGAAGGUGUCCUCAUAUCUCGCUUAGGAAGUAGAGCCUUAGUUAGUGUAGUAGAAGGAGUAAAUGGUGUAGUGCAAGACGUAGUAACUUCGGUAUUUAAUAAUUCGUUCUUUUUAAAUUUACAAUUCAGUAUACAUGAUCAAGACGUUUUCUAUUUUGUCAAAGACAAUGUACUUAAAAUACGUGACGAUUUAGAAGAGUUGCGUAGAUUAGGUGGUAUGUUCAAUGUAUCUACCCACGAAAUAACCGAACACGGUUCUACAACAACAAUAAAAGAAUUGCGAAUACACAAUCCAGAUGCAGUAGUAAUUAUUAAAUACGGUGCCGAUCCGGAAAUUGAAACGCACAAAAUUCUUCGACAUGCGCACAAAAGAGCUGUGGAAAGAGCCUGGGAAAUCGAAAAGCAACUCGUCGCUGCCGGUUUUCAAGGCAGAGGAGAUUGGACAGAAGAAGAAAAGGAAGAAUUAAUCUCCCAUGGUGACGUAGAUGGUUACGAAGGUGUGGAUAUACAUAGUAUACACAAAUAUCCUCAGUUGGCCGAUGAUCCUGGGAACGUUGCUUUCCAGAGGGAUACUAAACGCAAACGAAGGAAGAGUGGUGUCAGAAGAAGUAGAAUACAUAGACAUUCGUGAUUAAGGAAUUAAAAUGGUGAUAUUAAAUUAUAGUAUGGUUUAAAAUGAAAUUCCAGCUGGUUUUUAUUAAAAUUCAAUUGUAUCAUCUAAAUUUUUACUAGAGAUUGUGAAUACAAUUGGCUUGUUUUAAAUUAUUUAAUAUUUCAAUAAUCAAGGGAACUAUAACGCACCCCAGUUUUGACAAAAACAUAGUAAUUACUUAUUCAUUAAUAAUUCACUUAAACAUUGGAGAUUUUUCGUACUACCCUAAAAAAAUCAAAAGUGUUUCUUUCUCGCUAUUUGAGAGUUAAUGAAAUAACAGUUUCAAUUUCUCUUGCUUAAAAUAUAUUCAGUACUUUUUAUGCUAUAAUAAUAAUAAGUAUUUCUGGACGAGAAAGUAUAAUUAAUAUCUUUUCAUAAGAUUUUCAAAUGAAUAAAAAAACUAUCCUGUUUAUCAGAACAGUUACAUAAUUCGUAUAUUUAUAGAAACAUGUUGAAUCAAAAAUUGUACUCCGUUAUCUAGAACUGACUAUCUUGCUUAAACAAUAUCCAAAUCUUUUUAUACCGUAAUAAAUGUAGUUAGAUGGUCGAGGCAGUCGAAUAAUAAAUAUAAAGACACUAACUUUUAUAUUUAAAAUUAUGGAAAACUUCUUAUACAUUAACUCUUUACAAGAAACGACAAAAUAACGCAAACUAAACUCGCUGAAGGUGGAAAAUCACUUUUUAAAUCAUUUUUACUUAUUACUUUACUUGGAAAAUACCGAAAAUAAAAUUCAUGUUAAAUUAUGUGAUAACUAACUAACUGACUAACCAACAUGUCGUUAGCUAUGCAUAUCGCUUAAAUCUUUCUGGAAGAGGAAACAAAUUGAAUUUUUUUCAUAAAAUCCUUAAUAGGGACAUACUAAUACUGCAUUCCAUCUAUUGUUACAAAUGUAACAACCAAUUUUUAAUUUUAAUUAUAUAUAUUAUAUAUAUUUAUGGUUGAAUAACAAUAUAUGUUGUAUUGAAUGAAAUUUGUGUCUGCAUCGAUAAAACUUUUACUUAAUUUAGUAUCAUCCCUUAACAAAAAUAGAAAAUAAACGUUAAUAAGAUUCACUACUAAUAAAUAUCAUUUAUUGUGGAGAUAAGAAUAAAAUAUAUAUUCACAAAGCAGUCAUUACGUCUUCAGUUUCUUGUCUUUUAUUACCAAUUAUAUUACCUUAAUUGCGUGGAAUAUUCUCAUUAAUCGAUUCAAUACUUCAAAUCAAUUCAAAAAUUGCACUUUUUGAUUCCUCUAACCAAAAAUAAUUCCUAUAGGAGUUUAAAAAAUGAGUCAAAACUGUACGGUGGGCUAUUGUUCUUUAUACCCUAUCAUUUCAAUAAAUGAGUUGGAUGUGGUUCAAAAAAGGGUGCCAAAUUUAAUAUACAUGUUCGAACAUAUUAUUUUUAAACAUUAACAAGUUUGGCUUUUUAACCAAAUGAUUUCAAUUUAAAUUAAGGAAGUGAAGUACAAACUAUUUUGUAUGUAUGUACCUCUACCUAAAAAAAUAUCCAGCUGGAUGAUUUGUUUUAGUGCCCUACUAUAUAAUAUGACAUCAUAAAUAUUUUUGUGUGCCAUACUCCAUGACAACAAAUCAAAUCCUAGUCGUUUCCUUACAGUCAACAUUAUUUAAACAUUACAGAGACAAUAUUUUUUAAAUGAAAAAAUAAUAAAAUUCGUGGCAUAUUUUGAUAAUAUAAUAAAUGUGAACAUAUAAAGCCAUGAAUCUGUCCAAUGAAAUUUGUAACUGUUUUGUGUAAAAGCAAUCAAAAGGCCUAUAUGUUAACGAAAGGAUGCGUUGUCCAACAGGGUAGCCAACAUACUCUAAAGGAUACUAUUUAAAAAAUAAUAAAGGUUCUGACUGAAAUAGGAAAGGAUCUCUGGGAGGCACAACAACUAAAUAUACAUAAUUUUGACGAAAAAAAACGUUAAAGUAAAUAAUAUUAAUAAAAUAAUGAUUUCAAGUGAAUAAUAAAUAAUUUUAGAGAAAAAUUUUUAUAUCUGUAAAUUAUUUAAUAAGAAAAAUAAACAGUUCAAAAAUAAGAUAUUUAGAAAGUGGUAUUUUGUAAAAAAUAAAGAUACUUUACUCUUGCAGAAAAUUCGAAUUUUUUGACAAACCUCGUAUACUGCUUUAAAAAAUUGCUAUCUGAUGGUUGCAAUUUAACUUUUGGACCAUGCAGAAUUUUUAUCAUAAAAGCACUAAUAAAAAAGUUUUCUAUAUGGUUCCAACUUAAGUAGACACACAAGUAUAAAAAGUAUCUUUAAUUAAGAUAAUCAAACCUACAGACAUCAGAAGCAAACAAAAUCUGUGUAGAAAUAUAUAGCAGUGAAUUGUGAUACUAUGCUUCAGAUGACCAGCUCACACAAUAAACUGUGAAAAAAAUAAGCAAUGUAAAGCAAUAAACGAGUCAUAAAGCAAGAAUAUAUUUCUUAAAAUUAUGAUCAUUUAAUUGUUUCCAGCCAAUUUACACUUAUAUUAUUUGAAUCAUAGAUAACUGAGCGUAUUAAUUGAUUUUUACCAUUGAGAUUACUUUUAUGAAUUCAGUUUGUGUUCAAACCCUUCUGUUUAAUUUAUACACAUUUAUCCUAAUUUAAAUAAGAAACUAGUACUAAUAAUAUUAUAAGCAUAAAUCCAAAGUUUAUUUUUCAAAUAUUGCUGUAUAAUUGUUGAUGACUCCUAUUGAUCUUAGCCUGUAUAAGUCGGUGAAGAAAGCGAAGACUCUGAAAAUAAUUUAAAAUAUAUUUAAGGUAACACUAAAGAAUGACCUGUACAUAUGACAGAAGCUUUUUAUAUGAAAACUUAUAGUGAAUCGCUAUGACGAGUAUUUGAUUAGAUUUUUAUGCUGCAAAUUCUUAUGAAUGUUUCAAAAAAAAAACAUCGUAGGCCAGUCUGUCAACACAAAAUUAUAUUACAAAAAAAUUUUAUCCAUAAUUUUUCAUAUGCCUAAUACACUAGAAGAAAAUGAAUAAUAAAAGAACAUGCAUUCUAUUUAUCUAGUUUUUUUUGUAAUUUCACAUGUCAUGCAUGCUUUUGUUUUUUUAUUUUUAGAUCUUUAUACAUCAUCUGAGAUAUUGAAAUAACCAUAUUAAACUAUAUUGAAACUAUUUCAAAAAUUUUUUGAAAAAUAACAAAUUAUAGUGUUUUGAGAUAAAUAAAUCUACCCAGAACAGUUUAAAUACUGUCAUCGUUUGAUUGAAUCUUUUUUUUAAUAUUUGGCUAAACUUCUUCAAUUUUUUUCAUUCAUAUUAUAAAGAGAUAUAAGCUUUGUUCCAGCUAUGGAGGGAGGUAAGGAGAGACACCUCGGUGUAUCGAAAAAUGUCUAUUGAAAGGAAGCAAAUUAAGGUGGCGCUAUAGUAGCAAGUGGAAGAAUUUUAAAAAGUGCGCCAAAAACUAUUACUAGUAAAUUAAAUUCUUUUUUGAGAGUCAUAACUAUUUCAAAGAAACUAUUAAUAUACAAAUUCAUUCGAAAAUUGUAAAUAAAAAAUAUAACUGCUAAGUUAAUAUCAUUUCCAUUUGCUACACUAGCUCUAUUUUGGCGAGUCUUCGUAUUAUAAUUUGCUGUUUACAUCUGAAUACUUUUUCAACUGAUCCCCCAUACAAGACGGUUCUCCUUACCUCCACCCUCCACAGUUAAAGUCCAUCAAAAAAUCGUCCUUGAUACGGUGAGGAUUCUGCGCAAUAGAUAUUACAUGUUGCCAACAGGGCAGUUUCCGUUAUAGGAACGAUUCUGUUUUGUGUUCCAAUAGACUUAAGGUCGAUCCACACUUAUCCGGCCGUUUGCUCGAUUCACUUUUCAAUAUUUUCUUUGCAUGAACGAAGAGCUUCUUAUCGAGUUAGUUCGGGAACGACCAUUUCUUUACAAUAUGAAGGACUCAAGUGGUCACGUUGUCGUUAAUGUUUGAACACGCACCGUAUUUACACCUUUAGUUAACUAAAAAUUUCGUCAAACGAUUUUUUUCCACUCAAGAUCAAGAUACGGUACCUCACGGCACGGACACGUGUGGAUUAACCUUUAUACUGAAUACACUGUUUACACCAACACUAACAAUACAAUUACAUUGUCUGACGCGCGUUUCGAUAACCAAGUUAUUGUCUUCUGAAACUGAAGGUAAACAGUUUAGAAAACUCGCGUCAGACAGUGUGAGUGUUUGUGUAGUGGUGGUGUAAACAGUGUAUUCAGUAUGAAUAUCGCCAACGGUUCCAGAAAUUCCAACUCAAGAUCGACCUCCUUUAGUUUGUGAACCGUUUCCGGGACGAUAUUUUCGAUAUUUGGUUAAUUUGGAACAAACUUAUACAGUUAUUACUUUUUAAACAAAAACAUGGAUGUUCAAAUAAAAAUUCAUUUAGUUUUGUGUAUAUUUCGUGAAUGCUAUACUUUUAUAUGUUAUACUGUGUAACAUUCUUCAUAAAAUUUUUUUACACACAAAUUAUUAUAACAUGUAACUCAAAUUUUCAAUUUUUUCAUUUCAAUUUCAUGAAAUUUCAUGAAAAUUUCAUUUUCAAUGACAUUUUCAAUUGAGUUUAAUGAAAAAUUUGUUCACAUACUGACCUAUCAAUGAAUAUGUAGCAUUCGACUGAUAUAUUAUCCAUUCACGAUUAUAGAUACAUAUUACGAAGCAUAGUCCAUAGAUGUUAUUUUUAUUUUAUCUAGUUUUACAACUCUAUUGGUGCUUAUAACUCCACAAACCUUGAAAUAUUAGAUUUUCUAACCCGUCAAUACUCUGCAAUGGGCAAAGUUAUCAUUAGAAUAGCGUACUACUUAAAUGUGACCGUCACAAUCUCAUUCACUUGAACAGUUUCAUACACAACAUUAAAAUGAAGUAUAUAAAGUUUAUAGCUCCUGCUUUUGGAUAGUUGGAAUUUUAUUUUUGUAUCUGAUGUUUUAAUAAAAUUUUACUUGAUUCAAAACUUGCUCAUUUCUUCUAACAUUAAGUGUGAAGUAAAAAAUUAUUCUUUUGUUCCAAAAAUUCACUUUGAAUACUUAUCACAUCAUAUCUUGAAAUGAACAUCACCCAUCCUCUUACAGAGACUGCACUUGUUAACCACUCCUUGAAUUGACGAAGAAAAUACGUGAAAUUCACCCUCGAAGUUAUGGUAUCGUUGCAAUAUAUUUAAUCAACUAUAAUAUGAAAAUGCAACGACAAGCUUUACCGUUUGGCAUUUUCUGUAAUCUGCACGAAAACUUCAUAAUGUUAACUAAAAUGUUAGAAAAGGAAAAUUAGAAACUGAACUUCAAAAGAUGUUCUGCUUCUGGAAUAAAAUUUACAUUUCCUAUAAACUUUUUAUGGACUAACAUUUGUGGAUGAGACUGUUAGAACGACAUUUUUCAAUAAAUAAAUUGUAUUAAUUGCCCAACUAACUAGAACUGUUUUUUUCUCACCUUGUAUUGAUCAAAAAUAUGUUAGAUAUUGCAAUAGUCGAAACUGUGUUUAGGUACUGCUGUUAUAAUGAUAAAUUCACUCCUUUUCUAUAAACUUUUUGUACUCUACAAUAAUACUCAUGUCUUUUAGAGUUUUUUUUUAUUUGGAGCGAAUGAUGGACGUUCAUAAAAUUUGAAUAGGUAGGACAAAAUGGGCGAACUAAAGCCAAUAUGUGGAAAAGUGAUAUUUUUUCUAAUGUGACUAAAAUUGAAAGCAAUACUUUCUUAAAAAAUUAUUCUUAAUUAUUAUUAUUAUUAUUAUUAUUAAAUUAUGUGCAAUUGUUGUGUGGCUGUCUGACACACGGCCUGCACUUGUAAUGCAUUGAAAAUACUGAUGACCAUAUUCGUAAAAUAUUGAUAAUAUUUUAUGUAUGUAUAUAUAUAAAUUUAUUGUGUAUAUUGUUUUUAUAUGUAAAUAUAUUAUGUUUUAUUCAGUAAUAUAAUCGUUUAUUAAAAA